AUGAGAUUCGUAUCACGUUUUUUGAGCCCCACCACGGACAAAGUGAAGGGGACAGUGCACAUAGUGCCACAGGGAUAUGCCGUUAAAGGAGCGGGAGAUAUGUUUAUACCCUCACAAUUAACAAGUAUAAUAAGACUGGCUAGACACAAACACCCUUACAAUGUAGAAGAGAUGAAUCCUGAAAAGUUUCUAGCUUUCAAGGAAUUGUCUAAAAAUUACGAAUCCUCACCAUUCGAAAAUGUGACAAUUCCAGUGACACCGUUGACUGGACAAAGUGAUCACGAUAGACGAAAACAAAUUCAUCUGCAGACGAUGCGGAAAAGUAUUCAUUACCAAACCCCUCGUUUUGAGUCACAUCUUGUACGAAUGCGGAAAACACCUUCUACUUUGACGAGAUCGACAACGUUUUCAUCUGCAUUCAGUGCAACAAGGCCUAUAAAUAUCAAAGAAACGUCCAGGCUCACCAAAAGUACGAAUGCAACAAACCAAAAAGAUUCAAAUGCGGCUUCUGCCAUAAGAGUUUCUCUCAGCAGAGCACAAUUCUAUUGCUCUGCAUGUGAAAAACCUUUUGGCAAAAAGAAAUCUCUGUACCUGCACGUUAAGUACGAUUGUGGAAAAAUAGCGAUGAUCUGCAAUUUCAACAAUUGCCACAAAAGAAUAACUCGUAAGAGUAAUAUGAAGAGACAUUUACGCAGUCACAACAUUACAGACGAUUGGGAAAAGUCAACAAAUUCCAAAUCAAUGGCUAUCAUAUUUAGGAACUGCUAUUGCAAAAUUAAUGAUGUAGAAUUAGAAGAAUCUUACGAUCCUGAAAGUGAAAAAUACGUAUGUAAAAGAUGUCCGACCAAAAGGUACAAAAAUAAGCAACACCUACACAAACACCUCAAAUAUGAAUGCAACAAAUUUCCCAUAACUUGCAUGAUCCAGUAUUGUGGUAAAGAAAUUCUUAGACGGAGCAGCAUGAAGAGACAUCUGACGGUGAAGCACAACAUCUUCGGAGACUGGGAGAAAUAUGUGGCUUACGUAAUACCUUACACUAGUGAUAUUACAGUACCUCUUGUGGGGAAUAUUAAGAUUAUAAACGAUAAAAAAAACUUAGAUGAAUGCUUCGACCCCGAUACCAAAAAGUACAUCUGCAAGCGUUGUCCAACAAAAAAGUACAAAAACAAAUCGCAUUUGUACAAACAUGUCCAAUACGAAUGCAAUAAACUGCCCAUGACUUGUAUGGUCGGCCAUUGCGGCAUAGAGAUCGUAAGAAGAAGCAACAUGAAGCGACAUCUUUCGGUGAGACAUCAAAUAUUCUGCGAGGAUUGGGAGAAAUACGUGACGUAUAUGGUAAAGGACUUAUCUAAUGUGACAGUACCGCAAGUUGAUGAAUGCUUUAACCCCGUCACCAAAAAGUACUUUUGUAAGCAAUGUCCAACUAAAAUGUACAAAAACAAAUCGCAUUUGAACAAACAUCUUAAAUACGAAUGCAAUAAAUUGCCAAUGACUUGUAUGGUCGACCGUUGCGGCAUGGAGAUCUUAAGAAGAAGCAACAUGAAGCGACAUCUUGCGCUUAAACAUCAAAGAAUCUCCAAUGAUUGGGAGAAAUACGUGACGUAUAUUGUAAAGGACUUACCUAAUGUGACUGUACCGCACCUUGGUAGUUCAAUUCAAUUCAUAACACAUCCAUCAAUGUAUUGUCCUCCUGAUGAUGACGUGUUUCAAAUUAAAUAG